AUGGCUGAUGUUUGCUCGCCAUCGGAUGCCGAGAGUGAUGGUACAAGUAAGAUCAGUGAUUUUUCCAUCCGUGCAAGCCUGUCCCGCAGCAGCUCACUGCUUGAGGAGGAGCAGACCAGGUCAUUGUCAGAACUCCAACCCCUUCCUGACGCCAUGUCGAAUGAAGACCCCAGCAAUGCUGAUGCCUUUCAGCAUGAUAGUCAAGUCAUGAUUGAGGACAGCUACACCCAAGAGGAAUCCCAAGUGCCCUUGACACAGGCUGCCGGAGGUGGUGAUGGUGAGGACUCUGAUGUUGAGAUGGUUGUCGCCAAAAGCGUGGAGCCAGAUGCCAGUGCGGAGCCAGAUGCCAGUGUACCGGAGGCAACAAGUGCAAUGGCCCCCGAAAACAUCAAUCAGUUGACAGUUUUGCUCAAUCUAGUGAAAGCCAAAGCAGCUCAAGUCCAGAAGACUGCAGAGGGUUCCAGUGCCAGUGGCCAAAAGUUGGAUGCGACUGCUGCGGCUGAAUCUGGGGACCCGAAGGCCAGCGCCACUGGGAAUGCAGCAGCUGAUCAAGUGUUGAGAGAGCAGCAACUUGCGCUUGCAAAGGCGAAGCAGCGUAAGCGUAAGCUUGACGAGGAGGGGGACGAGGAGGAGGAGGAGGAGGAGGUGCCAGUGAAGAAAAGGCCUGCUGGCAAAGCUAAGGCGAAGGGCAAGGCCAAGGGCAAGGCCAAGGCCAAGGGUCGUGCCAAGAAAGCAGCAAAGAAACCCAAGGCCAAAGCUUCCAAAAAGAAGGCCAAGGAGGUGGAAGAGGAAGAGGAAGAGGAGGAGGAAGAACCGGAGGAGGAGGAUGAGGAAGAGGAGGAGGAAGAAAAGAAGGUGGAACCCAAGCCCAAGGCAAAAGGUAAGAAGGCAGAAAGCGAGGAUGGCAGCAAGGAUCCGGUGCCUGGCGAUGGUUCCAAGAAGACGUUUGCCAAGAGGAUCUGUUCUGACUGCAGCCGGGAAGAAGUACCUCGCCUCCAGCGCUUCGCCCGCUGCUUCCUGAGCAGUGAGCUGAUUUCAUCAUGGUGUGGCAUUUUGGAAGAUACGUUACAUGGGUUAGAGCUUAGAAGCUUCCAAGUACUCAUGGCUGGAAUCUUGGCCAGCUUGGGAUUUCACCCUGGCGAGUCACCUCCCCGACUGGCCAGACGAGGAGGUCUUCCGGUGCAACUUCUGGAUGCUCUUUUUCAAUUCACCCUCACCGAAGCGGACAUCUCUGUGGAGUCUGAAGCCGAGCUGCUCUUGGAAGCCAUGUGGCGAGAGACCCCAGAUCUCGGCGAUACCUGGGAGGAUGCAAAGCUGAGGGCAGUAGUGAAGUAUUUGAUUGGUGCUCGUGGACUCGACAUGGCUUCACCUCAGCCCAUGCUUCGUAAUGGUUGGAGCGCUGCAACGCUUCUUUCGGGUAUUCAGCAUAUGAACAUGGAUUGUCUUCAAGCCAUUAAGAAGGAACUCCCAGAUGACCCUGAUCAGUUGGCAAAGCUGUGUGAGGUGCUUUCGGAGAUGAGAGGUGCAGCUCUGGAGAAGGGUCCGGAGCGCCGAUGGCAAAAACUGAUGGACCUGGUCUCAGCCCGGGAUGCUGAGAUUGCUGAGCCGAAGAAGUUGCUGGUCCAGGGUUCAUCAGGUCUCGCUUCGACUGAGGCCUCUCCUGAAAUCCCGGCUGAUGCCCCUCCUGGUGGUAAGGCCCCUCGUGAUAUCCCAGCUGAUGCCCCUCCUGGCAAUGCUGCUGCAGCCAAGGGUACUGCGGGAAGUCCAGCGACACCCGCACCCAUUCCAGCGCCAUCUCAUCCUGCAGAGGGGGAUGGUGAGGGAAGCCCUGUCAUUUUACACAUAGCUACUAUGACCAGGGCUGAGAAGGAGAAGGUUCGAAGGUUGGUGACCCCAAAGCCUACCACUGGAAACCUUUCAGUGCCCAAAGACAUCUUUGAGUUGUGGCAGACCGACAAGGGUAGGGAGAAGCUGUUGUGCAUGUGGUGCAAGUCUGGUGGUGUGAAGGCUGUCUUCAUACAGCGGGUUGAAUUUUUGUCCACCACGACCAAAAGCAAGAAGAUCGAGGUCAAGGGAGGUUUCUAUAGCGAAGAAGAUAUGAAGGAACGCAUCGAGAAGAUCAAGAAGUGGGCGACAGAGAGGAAGUUGGUGAGGAUUUGUGAAUACGAUGAGACCGUCAUUGAGUACUGGGUCAACACACGAACCAGUGGCGUCCUAUCCAGGGAGGACCUGCAACGCUUAAGUGUUUCAAGGUCUCAUGAGGGUGAGGGUGAGCUUGGUGGUUCUGACAUGCAGAUGUUUGAUAGCACCAUGGAUGCUGGUGGGUUUGAUGACCUUGGACGGCCUGGUGAUGUGGACUUGGAGGGUGAUACAUCGCUACAGGCAUUUCCUUGCAAAGGCAAGAAAGGUGACUUGCAGUUGAGCAGCACUGUUCACCACAUUGCCAAGAUGUACGCCAAAGGUGCACCAGCCAUCGAUUGUGUGAAGGAGGCAAAAGCAGCAUCCAAAAAGGAUGAUUGCCGUACUUUGCAGGUGAUAGCCCGUGCACCGCUUUCAAGCGCUGAUGAACCCUUAUUCCGAGCACUGAGGAGUUCUGGACUGGUGAUGGAUUUUCCAAUAUCACAACUCCAGCUUGACAAUGAUUUCAAAUACCCGGUCUUUCCACCUCGUGAACAGCUGGAAGCUUCGGGAUCAAAAGGUUUUUUGCACAAGAUCAUUGGCAUACCCAUUGCCUAUGCUGACACCGAGCUAACCAGAUUUUGGGGGAAAUACAAGAGGUUGUGCCCACAACAUGACAUAUUUGCGGAAGCCAAUCUGGACUUCAGCCACCUCAUACCAUACUAUCUCCAUGGAGAUGGGGGGCGCACCUACAAGAAGGACCCCAUCAUGAUCCUGUCGAUGUUUAGUGCCUUUGGAUGCGGGACCGCCCGGAAUCCUGUCGAGCUACAGCCAGUUCCAGGCCAAAGCCGGAAGCGUCGCUUUGAUCAUGGCGACAAGUUUGAACCGGGAGUGAACCUACGUGGAAAUACAUUUACUAGCCGCUUUCUUUUUGCUGCCAUGAAAGCUGAGUUCUACAAGAAAAAGCCUGGCCGUUUCCAAUCGCUUCUGGAUCAAUGGGGUCAGCUAUUGGGAUCGCUUUUUCAUGAAGGCUUGUCCUGCAAUGGUGAGAACUGGAAAAUCGCAAUUUUGGGUAUCACAGGUGAUGCUCCGUUCUUGAGGGAAGCUGGAAACCACAACCGAUCUUUUAGCAAUGUACGCAAGAGUGCAACAGCUAGAACAAUGCUCCCCGGCGUUUGCUGGCUCUGUGCUGCUGGAAAAACAAAUGGACCUCCGUUUGAGGAUGUGAGGCUGUCAGCCCAAUGGACGACAACAUGUGGCGUCAGCAACAUUCUGCCGUGGGAUCAACCUGGCCCACUCCUACAGCAUGUGCCAGUGAACGAUCUUGACCUUGCAGCUUUUUAUCACCCUGACUUAUUUCAUGUGUACUUUGCGGGUGUUGGCAAAGACUUUACAGCGUCUGCGCUGAUAUACAUUGCCAAAACAGUUUUCAAACAGAGCAAAAUUCAAAGGUCUGUGGAGUCCAUGAAUGGAGAAAUGAGAAACUUCAUGAAAGAAGAGAAAGAACGCUUCAACUUUGGACACUUCUCCCUCGACCUACUCGGUUAUGCUUCCUCCCGGUCUUUUCCGAAAGGGCAUUGGUCAAAGAACAUGGACACGGCCACAGUAUCAAAGUUCAUUGAAUACAUCUGCCGAAAACACAUUCAAGAUUUUCCUGAUGACACCAUUCUGGGUGAGAUUUUUGAAGCGUGUGGUGCAAUCCAUCAUUUUAUGUCUGUGGUGUUUGCUGGUUCGUUUUUCUUGAGUGAUAUGGAGAGCUGGCAAAUGAUUUCAGCUGGACAUGCCUUUAUCGCCGGCUAUAUGAACUUGGCAAAGAAAUCUUUGGAUGCUGGCUACUGCUUGUUUGCAUUGAAACCUGUAGUAAAUUUGUUUGCACACAUUGUGCACACGGCUUUGCAACAAUACAAAGUGGAUUGUGCUUCUGUAGUCAACCCUAUUGCAGAAAGUACUUUCAUGGCAGAGGACCUGGUGGGGAAAAUCAGCAGAUUAAGCCGCAGAGUGUCAGCAAGGAAGCAUGGAGAGAAGAUCAUGUAUAGAUACAUGGUUGCGACGCACUUUCACCUGAACCACCCGGAUGGAUUGCAGCUGGAUGUCUAG